AUGUCUGCAAGAAGCUUAUGGGUAUGGCCAUGGCCAUGGCUACUUCUCAACAUCCUCCUCUUUCUCCCUAAAAUACCCUCAUCCCAUCUACCCCCACCUGUCCCUACCUGCAGGGACAAAUGUGGAAAUCUCACCAUCAAAUACCCAUUCGGGUCGGACUUUGGCUGUGGCCAUCCAGACUUUGCUAGGUACAUAAAAUGCACCUCCGGCGAGCUCCGAUUCUCCUCCGGCACCGGAAAGUACACCGUUUCGACCAUAGAUUACACCACUUCCACCCUUGUCCUCACUGAUCUCUUCAUGUCAACUUGUUCUUCCAUGCAGAAUUCCGGCAGCUUUCGCCUGGAUAGGGCCAGCCCGUUUACCUUAUCGUCGCAAGAUAUCUUUAUUCUACUCGGGUGCUCCAGGACGUCACCCGUGUUCGACCCGGAUGAGGAUUUGUGCGAUUCGGGUUCGGGCUUGCAUCUUUGUAGGGGGUUGUAUUCUUGUGAAGGGGUUACUGGCAUUGGGUUGAAACCAAAUGGGCCUAUUUCUAGUUGUUGUGUUUAUCAGCCCAUGAUUGAUCUUGGGCCGGGUUACUGGUUGGAUCUACCGAAGCUACAAUGCUCGUCUUAUGCUUCGAUGUACGGGUUUGGUGGCGACGAGACCGACCCAAUGAAAUGGCAAUUUGGUAUUUCUUUGGAAUAUAACGAUUCAUAUUAUACUGAAACGUGUAAGAAUUGUGAAGCGAGUGGUGGGUUUUGCGGGUUUGCUGGUAUGACCCAAUCUUUUUCUUGCAUUUGUCGCGGUGGUGGGAAUUCCACGACUACUUGCUUUGGUCACCGGUACGCUUGGAAUGGGACAUGGAGACACAAAGUUCAAACGAAGAUGAGUUUUGGAGGAUUUUUGCUAUUUUGGAUUAUUAUCUCCCUUUGAAAUUGGUGGGGAGUUGGUUAUUAUCUACGUUUUGGGUACAUGAUAAAUUUAUGUACAUUGUAUCCUUGAAACUUUAUCAGAUAUAUUGAGUUUAUCUGGUUUGGUUCUUAGAUUCAAGAGCAAUCGAGUAACAAAUAUCUGAAUUAUAAUGACAUCUCUUUGAUCAGCGUAUGUACUUGUCUACUUGAGAAUAUUUCAUUUGUUUAGUUUGGAUAUCGAAUGAUGAUGGUACAGUCUGAUUCAUAUAUU